AAAAUCAAGUUUUUUUUAUGUCUGUGUUGUUUUUAAUAUGCUUUAAACCAUGUGCAAAUUCAUAAGUCGGCACCGUUGUUGAGUAUUUGCAGUGGAAAAACCCGCGGUUUGAAAUCGCUGGUGUUGGUGGGGGCGGGCUUUAGCAUAUCAUUAACAGCGAACAAGGGAGUCUCGAGAGAAGCCAGGUUAUCCCGCUAAAUUUUUUUUGUUAAUAUGAAAAAUUGUGUAGAUUUAGCAAUGUGGAGGGUGUGUGAUGUAUAUUACGAUGUGAUGAACUAUGCCUUUCUCCACUGAGUUGUUAAAGCGUUUGUAAGGAUACUGAUUGUUAGAAGGCAGCUGACUGACUCACGAAUGUGAACAUGGUUUGUGUAACAUUAGCAACACAUUAUUAGCUGUUUGAUAACAUAGUCAAGCAAACUCUAAACUUUUUAAUUGCCGUUAAGUGUCCGAUGUUGUAGCGUUUACCUCAGUAAAUUGACCGAGUGGAUCUCUGAGCUCGUGUGAGCGAGUGGAGGCGGGGCUAAUUAGCAUAUUGAUCGAUCCGCGUGUAAUAAAUGAGGCAAGGGUGUAGAGUCAUUCACGCUAUUUUAAGGCAUGAAGAUUUUUUUUUCACAGGGAAAAAAAUACAGGGGACUUAAAAAAAAAAAAAAAAAAAAAAAAAAGCAUGUUCUAGCUGGUUUACAAAGAGACGUUAAUUUUAAUUCAUUUAAUUUUAUAUAUACAUGAAGUCAGCAAACAUUUGUCAUUGGAGCAUAAACCAUAGAGCUAAAUCUUCAUUUGUGUUAAAAAAUGUGUCAGUGUUUCUGAAUACUUACAUUCAUAAGUUAUAUAUUAUUGUUGCUUCGUUCUUUCGCACAGGAAUCAUUCUGACGAGAUUCGCCACGCAUAACGAGAGUCCGUGAGUUUUAGUCCACAUGUAAAUGAAGGUUUCCAGCAGCAGAGGGAGACACAUUUACAUCUCAAUCAGAUCAUGCCAAUGUCUCUCUCUCUCUCUCUGUGUGUGUGUGUGAAAGAGAGAGACUGGGGAGGUGUGAAUGUGUCUCAUUUAAAUCGAUAAUGAUCUUAAACGUUUUGCGCGUGUGUGUGUUAUAACUCUAGUUUUCAGGAUGUUUUGAAUGUGCAUAUCAUGUUACAUUUUGUGUGUGUGUGUGUGUGUGUGUGUGUGUAUCUCUGACAUUCAAAGUGAAUGACAUAAUUAAAAACAAAGAUCCAAGAACAGCUUGUGUGUGUUUGGGUGGGGUGAUAUUUCAGCAGAGUCCCCCUCAAAUCUGUCCCAGAUGAUAGUAAACCGCUCCAUAUGACAUCAACACACACACUUUAGUGUCUUUCCUCUCGGGUCUCGAUAAUACCAGUGAUCAUUAAUAAACAUGUUCUCCAGCAGAAAAACAAACAUGAAGGACACGUCUGGCAUUUAUAUGAAGAAUAAAUGACCAAACACUCGCACACAUUUUAAAAUGUUCAAAGUUAAAAAAUAUUCUCCGCUCCUCAUUUGUCAGUCAUCCAAUCAGCUGCGCCCUGAGGGGCGAGUUUGGCCCCGCCUACAGCUACACCCUCCCCCCCCCGCCCCAGCAGCCGCCGCGCACAGGUGAGUGCGCGCGCACAGGCAACGGGCGAAGCAAGCGCGUGCCUGAUCGUUGCGGUCGAGAGCACGAGCCGAACCGCGACAUGAGCUUCGACCCGAGCGGACCGGAUUGAGCAGAUCACAACCGCUGGAACGUGAGGAGACGAUCCGAUUCUUCAGACGGAAGGUUCACAGCUCCAUGCCUCCAUGAACGACCUCUGACCCUCGAAGGCCCCUCCCCUUCACUCCCACCUAUCAGAUCCCAGCCAAUCACCUGCUCUGCUGUCUUCGACGGCCCAAUCUCUGUCCGCCACGAUGGUUUGCUACUACAACGAGACUAUAGCUUUCUUCUACUUCAUCAACAAUAAGGAAAUCAGCGUCCAUUGGGGGCUGAUGGAAGCUUCUGUGAUUUUCCUGGGACUGUUCGUUUGUAUUUUUGCGAUCUUCGCCAACAUCCUGGUCAUGAUGGCCAUCUUCAUGAACCGCAGGUUUCAUUACCCCAUAUACUACCUGCUGGGAAACCUGGCGGCCGCGGAUCUGUUCGCUGGCAUCUCCUACUUUUACCUGAUAUUCCGCACUGGUCCCUGGACCAUCAAGCUCUCCAUAUAUCAGUGGUUUGUCCGACAGGCUUUGAUCGACACCAGUCUGACAGCGUCAUUGAUUAAUCUGUUGGCCAUCGCUCUGGAGCGACACCAGACCAUCUUCAGCAUGCAGCUGCACAGUAAAAUGACCAACCACAGGGUCGUGCUGCUCAUCAUCGGCAUCUGGCUCAUCGCCAUAGUGAUAGGUCUGGUGCCCAAUAUGGGAUGGAACUGCGUGUGCAACAUUGAGACGUGCUCCACCGUAGCGCCGCUCUACAGCCGCAGUUACCUGGUGUUCUGGGCCGUGAUGAACCAGCUGAUCUUCUUGGUCAUGGUGGCCAUCUACACACGCAUCUUCAUCUAUGUUCUGCGCAAGAACCAACAGAUGAGCCAGCACACCUCGCAGGUCCAACACAAGGAGACGGUGGUCAACCUCAUGAAGACCAUCGUCAUGAUAUUGGGUUGUUUUAUGGUGUGUUGGACGCCGGGUCUGGUUCUGCUUCUGGUGGACGGCCUGUGUUCAUUGUGCGACGUCCUGACGUACGAGAAGUUAUUCCUGGUGCUGGCCGAGUGCAACUCCUUCAUGAACCCCAUCAUCUACUCCUACCGUGACAAGGACAUGCGCGACACCUUCAAACGCAUGUUCUGUUACCUGUGCCGGAGGUCCCAGCAGACGGGCGAGCACUCAGGCAUCCGCUUCAAGACCUUCAAGCAAGAGGUACUCUCUGAGAGCGACGGGACCAAAAAAAAAAAAAAAUCUUUUUUUGUCAUUUUCUUGUACAAAUAUUUAAACAAUGUUAAAUCAGCAUACUGUACAUUUACUGGAGAAGCAAAAUUACUUAGGAUAUUAGGAUACUGAAUUUUCUUCUCCCUGAUAAGCGCACAGACACCCAGAGCAAGAGAAAGAGCAAGAGCAUGCCCAUCAACGCGCUUCGUUCGGGAUACAGAAGCCGAGAGAUUUUUCAACAAUGUCCCAAUUCAGGAGCUGCACCCUUUGAAGGCUGCAUACAUCAUCAGUCUCAUUUAAGAAAAAUAACCAUUAGAUUGCAAAGUAAGAAAGAAAUUACAAUGUUUUACACCUCACAAUGAAUAUCAGUCAAUUUUAUUACAGUUACUUUUCUUAAAUAUGACGUCCCUGAUGAAGUAUUCAGCCUUCAAAUGUGACCUCUGAAGGACGCAGCCUCCGAAUGAGACGCAGCUCCUGUCACCAAAGGAGUGUGUUUUUGGUUGUGAGGGAAAGAUUACCUUUUCCAGCUUCCCAAAGAACCCAGCGUUAAGGGAACAGAGGAUGAAGUUUGUUUUUCCAGGGCAGCAACGGAGUUGUGCACGUAUGUUUGUUUGUUUCCGGGAUUUCGGUGAUGAAUACUUUGUAAACAAGUCCCAGUUCAGCGCUAAAUUUGCAGAUCGCGGGCGGAGAGUAAAACUGCAUCAGAUGUGUUUUGUUGGCAAUAGGCACACAAGUGCAUAUAAUGUAAACAACACGAACGUUUUUGUUUCCUUUUUAUUUAUAAUGAUGUCACAGCUAGCAGACGAUCUCUACGCAGAAGCUGCGCGUGCUUGUGACACUUUAGCUCCGCCCACAGCACUGACGGCAGACACGCCUCCAGGAGCUCGGCUUUUUUCGGAAAGACUCGUAAUUGCGAGAAAAAAGUCUCAAAUGUGAGAUAUAAACUCGAUUGCAAGAAAGUCAGAAUUGCAAGAUAAAAAAUCACAAUUGCUAGAAAAGUCGGAAUUGUGAGAAAAAAGUUGCAGUUACUUUUUUUUUUUUUUUUAUUCCGUGGCAGAAACAGGCUUCCAUAAAUAUCUGCCAAUAGGGUCUGAAAAUAAACCUAAUUCAUAGACAAAACAAGUUUAUUUUUCUGACCCCACUGACAGAUAUUUGUUCAUGUUUUAAGCAAAAACUAAAACAAGACUGUCAUUUUGCCUCUUCAGUAAAUGUCUUGAUUUAAGAACAUUUAGAUGUUUGUAAAAUAAAACAAGAUCAAAUUACUAAGUAAUGAAAUAAUUUUUUGCAGUGAAAUAUCUAAAGAUAUCGUAGUGUUGCUAUUAAACGUGUUUCUACAUCUAACAUCUUAACCUGCUGAUUUGCUCUGAUUCUCCGUCCAUCAGAACACUAACGCUCACUAACCGGGCGGAUGUGCGGCAGAUCAUGUGAUUCAGGAGUGUUUACAUGCGUUGCACUUUCUGCAUGCAGUUACUGAGCUGGUUGGGUUUUUCAUCACUGUUUUUAUCUUCUCAGAUUCUUUGUGUGUGUGAAUGAUGCGCACAUUUUUGAACAUUCAUCUGAUGUCUUUGUAAUGUUGCGGUUGUGUUUCUGGUUAACUGUGAGGGGACCGUACAAGCCAUAAUUCAUCCUGGCACUCUUACACACUUACAUUCUCCUUUCAAAUAUAUUUCUACUCUCUCACACACAUUCUCCUUUCACAUACAUAUGUGUAUUUUUGGGUUGUUUUUAUCCCAAGGGCUGGGUAAAUACAGGACAGAACACAGGUUGGGCUAAUUUUACCCAGCAAACUGGGUUAUUUGAUUUUAUUAAUUCAUUGUUACGCAGCACAUUGAGCUUCAGCAAGAGGUUUGUUCUCGUGCUUCAAGCAGUUUGAGUUGAGCUUUUGUUUAUGUUCGCUGAUCAAUAUUUAUAUGUGAAUAAAAGCCUAAAUUCAGUCUGUUCAUCAUAUAAAGCGAUCGAGUCUCAUCAGAAAAUUUGGACUAAAUUAAUAUGGAUUAGUUUUACAAUCUCUUUAUGAACUUCAUGAAGCAUCAGAGUGGUAGUCACGUAGCUGUCUAUGGAGGAACGGCUCUCUGAUUUGAUCAAAAAUAUCUUAAUUUGUGUUCUGAAGAUGAACGAAGGUCUUACUGGUGUGGAACGACAUGAGGGUGAGUAAUAAAUGACAGAAAUUUAAUUUUUGGGUGAACUUAUGAGAACUGAGAACAUAUUUCAAUAUCCAAAGUAAUUACAUUCAGUAUCUUAAGGAAUAAAUCAUUAAUUUUAUCCAAGGUAUCAAGUGUUUCCAUCAUCCGAAAAGACGGAUGCGACACUUGUUUAGUUGACUGACAUCACGUCCCUGUAGUUUGCUUUGCAUUAAAUAAAAUGAUUUACAGCACAGCAACCAUUUUAUAAACGAAAUAAAACAUACACAAUCCUGAAAUUCAUCAAAAAAUGCUCCAAUACUCACAUACACACAUUCUUCUCUUACAUACACAUUAUCUUCAGACAUACAUACAUUUUCUUUCUUACAUACAUUUAUUAUUUAAUAUAUUAAAUGUAUACAUUUGCAUAAGAGUAAGAUGUAAAUGUGUGUUUAAAAAUAUAUAUGAGAACAACAUGUAGGCUAUGAAUGUGUGUCAUAAAAUAAAUUAAUAUAAGAGUAAAAUGUAAGAAUGUGUGCGUUAUAAAAUAUGGGAACAUGAGAGCAAAGUAUAAAUGUGUGCAUUAAAACAUGUGACUGUGAGAGCAAAAAUACAAGUAUGUGCAAGAAGAAUGUAAGUGUGUGAGAGUGGCAGAAUUAAUUAUGGCUUGUACGGCCCUUCAUAGCGAACAGAUGUGCAGCGUUCACUGCUGUAGAUAUUUGUGUCGGUCUGGCGCGUGCGUAAAUCAUCGCACACGGACAUCCACAAACACACACAGGUGGUUUCACUUGAGUUACUAGUACUUCAGCACAUGCUGUACUAACCAACCACAGUGUGUUUCACCACAUUAACUCUCAAACAACAUUCAAAAUGUCCUUGGUCCUAGGGUCUUUUCUAUGCUUUUAUCAGUUGUAUUUUAAGAGUUUCUGUAUGAUCUGUACUGAAGUCUCUCAUCUGAGUGAAACUCAUGAAAUGCGUUAAGAAACGUGUUUUACAUAAAGAAAAUGCAAAACAUCUCAAUGGUCCUAAAAUGGGCUUCACUGUAUAAAAUAUCAGUAACAAUUUGCAAUGAGGUUUCUUUUGAUAAUGCAUGAACUAACAAUGACCAAUAUAUUAUAACAGCAUUAUUAACCUUGCUUAACGUUGGCUAAUAAAAAUGUUCAUGUUAGUUCACAGUGCAUUGACUAGUGUAAAUAACUUUUGAUCUUAAAAAUGUAUUAAUAAAUGCUUGUUGUUUAUUGUUUGUUCAUGUUAACAAAACCUCAUUGUGAAGUGAUACUGACAGUACGUUUACACUACAAAAAAGUUUUUUCUUUGUAUAGAUGACAUCGCUGUCAAAAUGAUCCCCAUUCACACGGAUCCACGAAAACGUAUCCACAGUAUCGUUUUCAAAAACUGGCACUUUGAAACCUGUUUUCAAAUGUUUGCAUUUUCAGGCCCCCAAAAUGCCAUUGUCAUGUAAAUGAACGGCCAAAACACAUAAAAGGUUUUACGUUUUUAGUUGAAAACAGUGUCAUGUAAACAGCCCCUCAAAUGUCUUGUGAAUUAUAAGCUUGACAUGUGAGUUUAUGAUUUUCAGUCGUGUGUUUUGAUUUAGCCCCUUUUUUCAAGCCCCUCCUUCCAAAACAUGAAAUGUGCUGUGAUUGGUUAGCUGGCCCAGUGUGUUGUGAUUGGCACCGCUUAGCACGUGUUCGGGAAAUGUCACGCCCCUUCAUAACAGCAAGUUUGCUCUGGUAUAAAUAUUAAAAUUGGCGUCAAUUUCAAACCAAUUCAGGCCUGAUUCAGACCCCGACAAUGUUAACGAACAAGAGGAUCGUGCAGAACAGAUUUCAUGCACUGAUUUCACAGGACAUUUUAGAGUGGUAUGUUGUUUUUUUAUUGUAAUUUUCUUAUAGAUUAUAGAUACGCUGUUAUCCACCAUUUAAUCAUCAACUCUGGUAAUCCAACAGUACUCGAUCACAAAACCAUGGAUAAUUUUCCUAAGGGGUGGUAAACAAAACCGAGAGCUUAGUUAGUUAGCAGGCUAGCUGAGGCAAAGAUUUGCCCUUUGUUUACAUCAUAGCAACUACAUAAAACUUAUAAUUGGAACUGAUAAUAGAGAACACAACUACAAAUAAUGUAGAUCCAUAAACAACAGAUUGACCCGACAAAACGCAACGGCUCCAUCUUUCAGGAGAAGCUUCUGUGUGUAGCCUUCAUUGUGUUCUCUUACAUUCUGGAAGCUGUUCUCCGUAAAAUGUGCAGUGCACAGACAAACGUUGGGGUUAUAAUGGAUCAGCAUUUAAAAUUAAUUUUAACCACUCUAAGUUCAUCCUCCUUGGGACAGAGUUCUCUAGCGCAGCUCAACCAAGGCCUCGCCCCCUUUAUUGUGAAUUUUCUGGGCGGGGAUUAUAUAAAUGAGUAACAUUGUGACUUCACAAGAUCUGGAAAAAGCGUUGCUGUCCAAACCGUUCGUUGUAGUUCUUGGAAAGUGGAUUCUGUUAAAUAAAAUAUCUCCCUUUGGUGUGGACAUUGAGCUUUGUAACAUUGCAGAUGUUGUUUAUGCUCUAACAGCAACAUUACACACUAACUAAAGUUAAAAAAGUGAAAAAGCAUGAUAGGACCCCCUGGAUGUUCCCCUACUUUUUGAUUGAUUGAUUGAUUGAUUGGUUCACUGUCUCUCUGAUCUGUGACUAUAAGCUCUUCUUCUGUUGCUUUUCUUUCACGGGUCUUCUUGGGUGGGGUCAUCUUAACUUGGUGAACCAGGUCAGACGGUUAUUUGCAGCCCAGUGUUUUGUCGGCUCUCUGUG